UUUUAAACGCUUUGCUUAGUCUGGGGGUGCUUGUGAGGAUUUGUUUUAGGCGAUAGUGUGUUCUGCUGACUACAGUUCUCUUUGGGAGGACACCAGGGUACAUCGGAAGUACGAUAUGCAAAGAAUAUUCCCCUGAGCACCUGUUUGGGUGACUAUGUGGUCUGCUGACUGCAGGAGUCUUCAGGAGGACAUCUAGACACAUCAGAUGCACAAAAUGGAGCCAGUGACCUUUGAGGAUGUGGCUGUGAAGUUCACCUCAGGCGAGUGGGCUUUGUUGGAUUCUAGUCAAAAGAAGCUCUACAGAGAUGUGAUGAAAGAGACAUUUUUGAACCUUAUGUCCAUAGAGAAAGGACUAGAAGAAAAUAUUGAAGAGGACUACAAAGAUCUCUGCAGAAACCUGGGAACUCAGUUGGUUGAGAAAGACUGUGAAUAUAAAUGUGAUAGUCAGUGUGAUGGCAACCAUCAUCCGAUUCAAAAGAAUAUGGUUAAUGAAGACAACCCUUCUGCAGUAAUAGUUCAUGAAAGCCCAUUGCUUGUAAGAAACAUCAUUGAUCAUUCAUCCUCACAUGUGUAUCUCAGAGACCAAACUACAGGGAAAGAAUCUCAAUGUAAGGAAGCUUUUAUACAUCAGAAACAUUGGGAAAAUAACAGUAAUUCUGAAUCACUUCAGGUACUUGAAACUUCUCCCAGAGAGAAAUCUCAUGAGAAUCAGCAAUGUAAGGAAGACUUUCGGAGUCUCCCUUCUAAGCAGCAUCACGAGAGAACACAGUGUGGGGAUAAACUCAAUCGGAACAUAUUAAGGAGAUAUACAUAUAGCCCAACAGAUGAUGGAAUCCAUACAGAAGUGAAAUCAUUUGUUCACAACCAUAGUGAAGAAGCCUCUAUUGAUUCCAAUAAUCUUAUCAACCCUGAAAAAGGUCAUAUUGGAAAGAAAAAAUACAGUUGUAAGCAAUGUGGGAAAACAUUUCAAUAUGCUUCAUGUUUUGAGAAACAUAAAGUAACUCACACUGGAGAGAAGCCUUAUGCAUGUAAGCAGUGUGGAAAAGCCUUCACCAGUUCCAGCUGGUGCAACACUCAUGAGAAGGGUCACACUGGAGAGAAGCCUUACAUGUGCAAGCACUGUGGGAAAACCUUCAGAAGUUCCAGUUACUGCAACAUUCAUGAAAGAGUUCAUACUGGAGAGAAACCUUAUGCAUGCAAGCACUGUGGCAAAACCUUUGCCAUUUUGAGGUCUCGAAACUGUCAUGAGAAAAUUCACACUGGAGAGAAGAUUUACGCAUGUAAAGAUUGUGGAAAAACCUUCUCAAGUCCCACUUCUUGUAGCAUUCAUGAAAGAAUUCACACUGGGGAGAAACCUUAUACAUGUAAGCAUUGUGGCAAAACCUUUGCAAGUUUGACUGGGUGUAUCACUCAUGAAAGAAAUCAUACUGGAGAGAAGCCUUAUGCAUGUAAGCAUUGUGGAAAAGCUUUCAACAAUUCCAGCUAUCGCAAUGUUCAUGAAAGAAUUCACACUGGAGAGAAACCCUAUGCAUGUAAACACUGUGACAAAACCUUUGUCAUUUUGGGUUCUCUUAUCACUCAUGAAAGAAGUCAUACUGGAGAGAAGCCUUACACAUGUAAGCAUUGUGGAAAAGCCUUUUCCCAAGCCAGUUAUCGUAAUAUUCAUGAAAGAAUUCACACUGGAGAGCAACCUUAUGCAUGUAAGCACUGUGGCAAAACUUUUGCCAUUUUGAGUUCUCGUAAUACUCAUGAAAAAAUUCACACUGGAGAGAAGCCUUAUGCCUGUAAGCACUGUGGGAAAACUUUCACCAGUUCUAUUUGGUGUAAUGCUCAUGAAAGGGGUCACACUGGAGAGAAACCUUAUGCAUGUAAGCAUUGUGGGAAAAUGUUUGCCAUUUUGAGUUCCCGUAACACUCAUGAAAAACUUCACACUGGAGAGAAACCUUAUGCCUGUAAGCAUUGUGGUAAAGCAUUCACCAGUUCUGGUUACCGUAACAAGCAUGAAAGGAGUCAUACUGGAGAGAAGCCUUAAACAUAUAAACAUUGUGGAGAAACCUUUUCCAAUUUCAGUUGAUGUAACUCUCAUGAAAGAAUUCAUACUGGAGAGACAUCUCAUGCACUUAAAAAUUGUAGAAAAUCCUUCGCCAGCUCCUCUUACUGUAUUACUCAUGAAAGAAUUUGCACCAGAGAGAAACUGUUUCCAUGUAAUGUAUAUCGGAAGCUGUUCCUUCAGGUUAAUAUCAUACCAGGCAUGAAAGAAUUCACUGAAGAAUGAAGACUUACACAUAUUUUAGGGUACAGGAGACAGAAGACUGGGAAGAGACCAGAGUCUGACCUCAACAGACAGCACAGGUCAUUCACACGUCCAGCAAGUGGCCCCUAAUUUCCUGCUGUGCAGUGAGCGAAAGCUGCCUGGCAUCUUUCUGUGAGGGGCUUAGGAAUGAAGAAGCUGGAUGAGCUUCCUGUACUGCGACCUCAUAUGCAGUCUCUCCUUACUGAAAUUAUUUUCCUGAGGAAGGCAGACUCCCUUGGGAAACAGAGAAAUUAUCAGAAGAAUAUAUUGAAGAAGGCUACAAAGAUCUUGGCAGAAAUAUGGAGUAAUUUAUAUCCAAUAGAAAGCAAUUCAUAUCAAAAGCUUGGGAACCAUGGGACAACUGAGAACUUGCCAAAUGAUCCAAAUAUACCUAAGUGAAAAAUGAUUCUACAUAAAUUUAUGUAACAGAGCA